GGCUCAGUACCUCCCGGACGGUCAGCGCAAACGGUCGUGUUCGUCGGUCGGGAAGCGCCUAGCUUCGGUUCGUCCACCAGGUCUGACACACACGGACACUGAACUCAGGUAGCAGGUCAUCCGCCGCGUGUGUGUCGAUCGGCUAUGGAGAAGGAAGAGAGUGGCGAUAGCAGGGUAGCAGGAGGCGAGCUGCCCCCCAGCAGCAGUCCCGAGGGUAUUGCCACGUUCAAGCGAGAGCUGCUAGAGUUCCUAGCGGAGCCCGCGGAACCGUUAGAAGAGGGGCCCGCCGGCCCGGUUCAGCCAGGACCGUGGGACAUCCGUCUGUUCGAGGGGUACGGGCGUGGCCUGGUGGCGACCCGGGACAUCGCCGUCCACGAGCUGGUGUUCGUGGACCGCCCGAUGCUGCUCGGGCCCCGGGUCAACAACUACGACGUGAUCUUCUGCGCCAGCUGCUGCCGUAUCCUGAAGCGGCUCCAGCUGUGCAGUGGCGGGUGUCGGCUGCCGAUCUGUGGCCGCUGUGACUACGUGGCGACCGGGUCACCGCACGCCGCCGAGUGCCGGCUGAUCCAGAGCUGGCAGCCGAAGGAUGCGGGCCGGUACGCGAAAAAUAUCCUGUACGCGCUCACCUCGAUCCGGGGCUUCCUGCUGUCCGAGCGCGACCGCCGGAUAGUGCUGCAGAUGGAGGGCCACGCGCCACGCAAGGAAAUGCUGACCGAGAUCGAGGGCCUGCUGAAGGACGGCUACUUCGGGAACCUGCCGGCUGACGGGCCGGACGUGCGCUACCUGCGCCAGGUGGUCAACGUGCUCAACACGAACGCGUUCGAGACGAGCCGGGUUGUGGCGAACGACGACACCGACGACGGCGGCGGUGCGGACCACGAGAUCGUCCUGCGCGGCCUGUACGUGCUCGGGGCCAUGAUGAACCACUGCUGCCAGCCGAACGUGCGCUACGUCUUCGACCGCCAGCUCCGGAUGCGGGUGUACGCGUCCCGCCCGAUCCGGCGGGGCGAGCAGAUCCUCAACAACUACUCCAAGCUGCUGUGGGGCACCCAGCACCGCAUCAUCCACCUGUGCUUCUCCAAGAACUUUCUCUGCGGCUGCGAACGCUGCAAAGAUCCGACGGAGUUCGGCACCUACCUCGGCGCACUGAAGUGUGUGCGGGAGGGCUGCGCGGAGGGCCGGCUGCUGCCGGUGAACCCGCUUAAGAUCCUGUCGGUGUGGCAGUGCGACCGGUGCAACCUGAAACUGAACAACGUGAAGGCGACCAAGAUCCAGGAGAUCGCGGGCCGGAUGGUGCUGAACAACGCGAUCAAGCGCGACGGGUCCCACAUCAUCGACUACCUGAACGAUCACCUCGUGAAGUUCCUGCUGCCUACCAACCAGUUCACCGUCGAGCUGAAGCUGCAGGCGAUCAAGAAGAUACAACCGUGCCGGCCGUUGGCCGAGCUGCGCGAGAAGGAGCGCUACUGCCUCGAGAUCCUCGACGUGCUCGAUCGCCUCCGGUACGGCGAGUGCUUCGUGAAGGGCAUCCUCUGCUACGAGCUGUUCGUGACGCGGGUUGCCAUCACCCGGGCGCUGAACGAUCGCAGUAUUACACUGGACGAGCCGAGCCUGGAAUGGCUGCGGACCGCGUGGCAGAUACUGGGCCCCAGCGGUAACCGGCCCCGGGAUCUCCAGCAGCUGGUUGUGACACAUGGGAUCGAGGAGUGAAUCGCCCACAAAUCGCCAAGAAGAAGAAGAAAGGUGGAAACGGAAAUGAACUGCACCAGCGUAUGGCGUAGAUGUCAAAUCCGUCUAUCAGUGUGUGUUUCACAGCAAAAACGCGCUCCGUUCAGUCGUUUGACUAUGCGGCUUUGAACCGCUAGAUCACCUCGCACAAAUUUUUAUUAGUGUGUGUGUGUGUGUGUGUGUGUGCACACGUGUGUAUGAGUGUGUGUAUGAAUAACUUCUUCUUAUCCGGCCACAGCCGCUGCGCGGUCUUUGCUUGGGCUUUGCAUCAGAGGCAGUCUCUGUUGCUUUCUGUAACGGUGUGAGUAACAAAGUAACAAGCGGAAUGCACGAAGGAAAACCCACGAACAAAGGGCCACUUUGAAUGAUUGGGACGCAGGAAAAUUAGGUUAGCUUAUUGAACAGUCCGAUAGUUGGAUGGAUAACCAGCAGAGGAACCACCAGAAGAAGAUAAAACUCGUUACUAAUCACACAGGAGUGGAUGAAAUUGUUAAAAUUAAAGAAAAAAACAUUCAAUCUUUAUAUUUUCAAUACUCAACACUUGUCAGAGAAUAUGUUGUUUACGUAGCCGCUUUGCUUCUUUGAGGCACGGAUUAGAUCACGGUUCCAAGUGAAUAAAGUGUGUCGAUGCACAAGCGUU